AUUGGGCUGUUCAUCUUUUUGACCAGAUUCAGGAUUUUGGACCUUUCUAUUCUUUCUGGGCUUUUUUGACCGAACGCUUGAACAAGACACUCAAGAAUACCAAUAGCAAUAACGGGACUGGUGGACAACUUGAAGUUUCAAUGAUGCGUGAAUUUCAACGUGGUGUUCAACUUGAGACUGUGAUGAAAAAGAUCUUGAACUCCAAUACCAAAUCAGCACUUGAGAAGGAGUUUGCUCGGAUCCUCCUGGGAAACAUGAACACUGGACCACUUGGAACCAUCCAAGAUGCUGCCCAGUCCAGUGCAUAUUCCAUGAUAACACGUGCAGGACCAAUCGGGAAUUCUACCCAUUUAUUGGGGAGUGUAA